AUGGAGAAUUUCUUAGCUGCUCAACAAAAACAAGGAGAAAUGAUUCAACAAUUAACUUCAAGGAUAGACUACAAAGCACAAGGAAAACUUCCAAGUCAACCAGAGAAUCCUAGAGAACAUUGCAAGGCAGUGAUCCUAAGGAGUGGGAAGAUUGUGGGAGAUGAAAAGAGAGAUGAGGUAGAAGAGGAAAAGAAGAAAGAAGAUGAAGACAAGAAUGAAUCCACUUCAAAUCAUGAUGAAGUUAAUGAGGAAGCAAACAAGAAGAAGGAAGUUGAAAAAGAAAAAGAGGAAAAGUAUAUGUCUCCACCACCAUACAAGCCACCAUUGUCAUAUCCUCAGAGGUUUCAGAAAGCAAAGCUAAAUAAGCAGUUCGAGAAAUUUUUAGAAAAUAAGCUCCCACCGAAAUUGAAGGAUCCAGGAAGUUUCUCUAUUCGUUGUCAUAUUGGGGAUACUAGUAUUAAUAAAGCAUUGUGUGAUCUUGGAGCUAGUGUAACUUUAAUGCCACUAUCUAUAUGUGAAAAGUUGAAGGUUAGAAAAUUUUUUAUUCCUGUGGAUUUUGUGGUUCUAGAGAUGGAGGAGGAUGUAAGAACACCCAUCAUACUUGGAAUACCAUUUUUAGCUACUGCAGGAGCUAAUAUAGAUGUGAAGAAUGGGAAAUUGAAGUUGAAAGUUGGAGAAGAGGAAAUAGAAUUCAGUUUAUUCCAAGAUUCCAAGGAAUCAACUAUGGUAAAUUCUUGCUAUAGAGUGAAUGUUAUAAAAAAUGAUACUGGAAUGGAAAAUAUUAAGUUGGAGGGAAGUCAAAUUACUCUUCAUUCUCAGUAUAAUUAG